AGAACCAUUUCCAGGAAUAUACAAAUCCAAAUUUCGGUUAAACCCCAGAAAAAUAAAGUCAAAAAAAUCAAGAAAAAAUGGGAAGCACGAAUGCCCUCAUCUACAAUCUUCAUCUCAACACAAACAACUGCUUCAACUGUGUGAAUUCAAGAACAAAUCAUUCAACCUCUUUGCAUAUCAAUCAUAGAAAAAGCCCCUUGAAUGUCUCGAGUAAAAGGCAAAGAAAGAUCAACAAAUUCGUUUGCUCGGCUAUCGAAGAUGUGAGGGAGAUGCAAAAAAGACUUGGAAUUGGGGGUGCGGGUUCAGUUCUUGAUGAUAGACCUGAGGUGGCUGAUGACAUUGACGAAAAUGCACCUGCGAACAGUGGUCCAAAUGACGGAAGUGCCCUUUAUAAUUUUCUGUAUCCGGAUAAAGAGCUCCUUCCUGAAGACAAAGAAAUGAGCAUAUUUGAUCAUCUUGAGGAGCUACGCGAGAGAAUUUUUGUGUCGGUUUUGGCGGUCGGGGCUGCCAUCUUGGGAUGCUUUGCAUAUUCAAAGGAUCUCAUAAUGAUUCUUGAAGCUCCGGUUAGAACCCAAGGUGUUCGGUUCUUACAGUUAGCUCCCGGCGAGUUUUUCUUUACAACAAUAAAGGUAUCAGGAUAUUGUGGUCUACUUCUAGGAAGUCCUGUGAUUCUUUAUGAGAUCAUAGCUUUUGUAUUACCUGGAUUAACAAGAUCGGAAAGAAGAUUUCUGGGCCCGAUCGUUCUAGGAUCCUCGGUACUUUUCUACGCCGGAAUCGCUUUCUCGUACGUAGUUCUCACUCCGGCUGCAUUGAACUUCUUCGUUAACUAUGCAGAAGGCGUUGUUGAAUCAUUGUGGUCCAUUGACCAAUACUUUGAGUUCAUAUUGGUACUCAUGUUCAGUACAGGAUUGUCUUUCCAGGUGCCGGUUAUACAACUUCUACUAGGCCAAGUUGGGUUAGUGUCGGGUAACCAAAUGUUAUCGGUAUGGAGAUAUGUAGUCGUUGGUUCGGUGGCUGCAGCAGCAGUCGUGACUCCAUCGACCGAUCCACUGACUCAGAUGCUUCUUGCUGGACCCCUUUUGGGUCUUUACUUUGGUGGUGCAUGGACCGUUAAGCUCAUUGGCAAGUAAGUAGCUCGAGCCCAGAUCAGUCCAUGGCGCAUGCUGAUUUGUGUACAAUAGAAUGACAAAAAAUUCAUAUAGACAUACAAUGAUCAUGUCUUUUUGUAGUAAAUAUUCAUUAUUUGUUACUGGUACAUAAUACGGGCUCAAUUA